ACAUGACACUGGUCACCAUCCCCGUCAUCUCGCGCUAAGAGCUUACAUCAUCAUCCAUGGUAGAAAGGAGAUUUGCAAAUGGAGGCUGCUGAAAUAACCACUAUUUGAUCAACAAAAGGUACUUCGGCCAUGUCUGAUUCUCUGUAUGAGAAGUUUUUAGCCCCAGAGGAGCCUUUCCCUCUCCUCUCCCAAAGAGCUAACCUCAGUGAUGUGGGGAAUCUUGAUGUCAGUGAUUUUAGCUGUCAGCUCUCAUCAUGUCACAGAACAGAUCCUCUUCACCGUUUCCACAGUAACAGGUGGAACCUUACUUCCUGUGGGACCAGUGUUGCCAGCUCAGAGUGCAGCGAGGAGCUCUUCUCCUCUGUGUCUGUGGGAGAUCAGGAGGAUUGUUACUCCCUUCUGGAUGACCAAGAACUAACGUCUCUGGACCUGUUUCCAGAGGGCAGUGUUUGCAGUGAUGUCUCCUCUUCCAUCAGCACUUACUGGGACUGGUCAGAUAGCGAGUUUGAGUGGCAGUUGCCAGGAAGUGACAUUGCCAGUGGCAGCGAUGUCUUUUCAGACAUUAUCCCAAGUGUUCCAAGUUCACCCUGCCUGUUUUCCAAGAGAAAGCCAAAGACCCACCUGCAUCGCAACUUGGAUGAGUUGCCAUGGAGUGCCAUGACCAACGAUGAGCAGGUGGAGUACAUUGAGUACCUAAGUCGGAGGGUCAGCACAGAGAUGGGCCUGAGAGAGCAGCUUGACAUAAUCAAGAUCAUCGACCCCAAUGCUCAGAUCUCUCCAACCGACAGCGAGUUCAUCAUAGAGCUCAACUGCCUGACCGAUGAGAAACUCAAGCAGGUGCGUAACUACAUCAGAGAGCACAGCCCAAGGCAGCGGGCUGCCAGCACCAGAGAAGGUUGGAAAAGGAGCAGUCACAGCAGUGCCAGCACUGGAGGUAUAAGUGGAGCCAGCAGCAGUAACGCCAGCAUGGUCAGCUCUGCUAGCUCCUCCACUAGCUCUACUGCUUCUAACUCUGUAGCAGGAGGUACAGCAUCAGCCUGUAGUGGAAGCAGCGCUGCAAACAUUAGCAGAGCUCACAGUGACGGCAACCUUCCCAGUGCAGCAGAACGCAUCAGAGACUCUAAAAAACGCUCAAAGCAACGUAAGCUCCAACAGAAGGCGCUCCGUAAGCGCCAGCUGAAAGAGCAGCGACAGGCCCGCAAGGAGCGUCUAAGUGGACUGUUUCUAAAUGAGGAGGUGCUGUCACUGCACGUGACGGAGGAGAAUGACCACGCUGACGACCUGGAUGUACUGAUGUGACACCAGUGAAUAAAUCAGUGCUCCCUCUACGGCUUCUCUUUCAUUAUGCAGCCACUACCAUCAAGCUUAUAGACUAUGUUGAUACGAAUCUGUUCAUCCAAUAGCUUUAAAGUAUGCCAACAAACGUGUAGUAUAUUUUGUUGGAGUGAUGACUGAUAGGCAGUAACAGCAAGACGCUCUUAACAUCUGUCGGCAUGUUGCUUGAUUAUUCUUUUGUAGUGCUUUAACAGUCAGCAUAGCACACACCAUUAAGGCAUGUACUACAUUACUGCCAAACUCCUGCUUACAAUUUGAGUAGUUACUCAUCUUUUCUAUCCUGCUUUUAUCCUGUUAGAAUGCUUUAACUCUUUGAACCUUGCUGAUACACAAAUUUAUACGAUACAGUUUAUACCCACUGCUGAUAAUACAGAAACCUCUAAACAAGCUGGCAUUACUUCAGCUAAUUUGAUUGUAGUUUUUACGCACACCCUACACUUACAUCUAUAGGCUACUCUACAGGACUGUAUUUGCACUAUCUCAACUUCUCCUCUAUGACUAUAGUUUUAAAUGCAUUGGCAAUAUUGUGGCAUUUAAUAUAUACCUACUGUCAAAGUAGCUAAAGUGCUCAUUAUCAGUAUCCCUUUCAACAGGAGAGUCUGUUUUUCAGAACAUGAGAGCCGUUGUAGACACAUCAGGAGAAGAAGAAAAAAAGAAGCAAUAUCUAUUCAUAAAAGAAUGAAAACUCGUGUGUUAGUUUGUUUGAAGCCCAUUCCUUCACUGAAUACAAUUAUACACCAUACAGCAGAAUAAUACUCCAAAAACUCAAGGAUACUAUUGUGUUAGAGAGAUUUCUCAUGUUUAAACUGCAGUGCAAGGUAGUGAACUGACCUGUCUUUCAAUGUGCUGAAUGUUGUGCACUUUUUCAAUCCAAAGGCUUAGAGGGAGCACUGACUUUGUGCAUGUUUAAAAAAAAAAAAAAAAAAAGGUCGACCACACUAAGUCCUCGUGUGAUCCAGUGACUUACAACUUGCUGUAAUAUUUGCAAACACAUGUCAAAAUAUAACUGAUUUGUUGUACAUAAAUGAAAUUUUCAGCUUAUUUACUGGUUGCUUUUAGUUUGUCCUAGUGAUAAACAUUCGGUACAUUUUUUUCCCCCCAUAUUAUUUUCUAUAUGUGAAACAUAAGUUAGUGGCACCCUAACUUAUAUUUAACACUAACUUGCGUUGUUACUCGCCCUAACACAGCUUUUAAUGAGUUUGAGCUUUUUAUGUUUUGUUGUUUUCAUAUUUGCUUGAGAUCUAUGUUUUCUGUUUUCAUCUUCCUUAUAUAAGAAACACAUUGAGGACCUUCUCAGUGGUUCUGUAAUGAACAACCUCCAACCCUUACUGAGCUCUGGCACUAAAGUUAUUCAUCACGUCGAUUAUGUUGAUGCAGCCAUGUGUAUUGUUUAGUUUAGAAUUAGUACAAUUUUAUUUUGAACAAUAAGAUCAUUUUAAACUACAAAAAUGUAGUGAUGUGACAAAGCUGUAAGUGAAGUGUACCAUGUAAUGAAUUUCAACAGAAUAACAUUACAACGAUGGAAUAUGGUUAAACCUUUUUUUUUUUUUUGUUCUCAAAAGUUUUGAUUGGGGACAGUCGCUCUGUCAAUUGUACAAAAGAAAUGUGUUGAGGUCAUAACAUUUAAACCAUCUGCUACCAUUGCAAUAGUUUCCUUAAACAUACCAGUUCCUUUGAAAUCACCAGAGAACAUUGUUACCUGCUCUUAUUGAUGGUAUCAUCACUGGCUACAUGCUGAAAACCAGACAUGCCAUGCUGGUGCUUCAGGGAGAAGAGGGCUUUCUGUCCACUCAGUGGCUUGAAUUUACUGUAAACUUUGCUAAUAAACUCCCCUUGUUGCAACCAUU